AUGAAAAUAAUUCAAGUGCAUUCUUUAGCGCUUAUGACAUUGCUAACGUUGUUUUUCAUCCACAUGGAGGGAAAUUUGACACCAAAUAAUGUCACUCAUGUUUCUGUUUCAUCAUCAUCAUUGCACUCACAGUGGCUAAAAAAAACUAUCAAACAAAGAUAUUCAGGUUGCCGCAGCCGACCGUGGAUGUGCAGUGGAGGAGAGAUUCCACCGAGGAGUAUGUGUUGUGGAAAUCGUUGUGUGAAUGUGACAUCUGAUAAUAAUAAUUGUGGAUUUUGUAGAAGUCGAUGUCCUUUUAAUUGGCAAUGUUGUAAAGGUUUAUGUAGAGAUAUAAACAUAAGUAUUUUCAAUUGUGGGAAGUGUGGUCAUAGAUGUCCUUUUGGUGAACUUUGUUACUUUGGUAUGUGUGGUUAUGGGGGAUCUUCUCCAUUUCCUCCUAAGCCACCAAAAAUACCAUAUCUUCCACCCUAUCCCCCUUCACCACCAGAUGCUCCAAAGGAGGAAUUUUAA